AACCCUUGACUGUAAAAUGAAUGUUGAUGCUCCUGUAAAGGAGAUCUUUAUCUUGCCAAGAUUUGAUCAUUUAACAUUAAAAGUAAGAUGCAGGAUGGAACCACAAGUUGGAACUAAUGAGGUCAAAUAUUGGUCUUCUUCAUCCAGCAGUGGACAAUGGCAAUCACCGACUGCAAAUCUAAAUGGGUUUUACGUUGACAACCUCCCAUCUGGCAAACCACUGAUAAUAAAGACACAAACCAGCCAGAAACUAUCUUUGAUGUGUCACUAUGUAUGUGAUUCAGUAGUUCCAUGUUCUAAUUCCUUUGUUGUUCCUCCAGUAAGUGAGUUGGGGACAGAAUAUACUACCAUGUUUCCUCCGUGUCAUGGUGGUUCGAUGUGCCAAAACCAGUGCAUUGUAAGCAAUGUUUUCAACAGUACAAGUGUGAAUUAUGUGCGUGGUACAGAAUAUGACAUGAAGCUCCUAGGACAACAUUUACUGCAGCAACCUUUGUUUGGUAUUAUUAAUGGAAGCUAUAUCGGUGCAAGUUAUCCUGUUGCAGUCAUGUGUGCCAGUUAUAUUGAAAACAAUAAGUAUCUGGUUCAUUUUCUACCACCUGCUAAUGUUGGAGGAUCUGAGUAUAAGGUUAUUAAAGCAAAUGAUUUAGAAGAUGAAAAGUUGAUCUUCGUGGCAACAGAUGGCAAUACCAUUGUUAAUUUAUCUGGAAAUGAAAAUCAGGAGUUAGGAAGGUUCAGACAACAUUUCAUGCUUCAAGAUGCCGGAGACCAAUAUAUAGUAGAUCUAACAUUGGAUAACUCUGAUUUCAUUUAUUCUUUUUCAAGCAGUAAACCCGUCCAUGUGAUUGCUGAAUUUAAGCAAAAUUCUAGUUCUGGAAAUGUGGAAACACCACCUUUUAGUAAAGACGGAUACAAUUUUGUAUAUUUACCACCAGUGUCAAAUAUACUCACUCCGACUGAUGGAACUAGUAUUUCUCAAACAGUCUCUGGUGUAACUUACUAUUAUCUAUCAAACUCUGGCUGGCCUCACCGUUCAAAAAUAAAUGAAAAAAGAGCCAAACCUACUAUAAGUCGAUACCAGAUCCCCGGGGACGGCAUAGACAAUGAUAAGGAUGGACUUACAGAUGAAGAAUAUUGUGGUUUCAUUGUCGAAGAAAAUCCAAGUGAAGUAGGAACCCUUCACGACAUUGACCUAGAUGGCGCUUAUAACGAGGAUUGUAAAGGGUGCCAGGGUGGACAUGAAUUGACACAAAAUCUAAUCUGUAUGGAAUGUGACUUCGGAACCUACAGAGAAAACCGCUCUAGAAUAGAUAAAUGUAUCCCCUGUGGAGAUAACUUCACUACAUUUGAUAUAGGAACCUUCGCUGUGGACCAAUGCAUUCCUGUUUGCAUUGAGGGGAUGGAACUGAGAGAUACAAUGUGUCAACCGUGCCAGAUUGGAUAUUAUAAAAACGUAUCAGCCAAUGAUACAAGCCUUAACAAUACCGAGAGGUUCCAGUGCAAACAGUGCCCUGAUGGGCUUACGACCUAUGACGUUGGAACAAUAGACGUGGAAAAUUGUAUCGAGCAUUGUGAAGAAGGGAGAGAGUUAACAGGUGAAGGAGCAUGCAAACCCUGUGACAUAGGUUUCUACAAAGCAGUGUCUAGUACUGAUUUGAAUGCCCCCUUAGAUAGACGCUGGAACUGUACUGUGUGUGAAAACAACAGAACAACUGUUGACAUUGGCUCUGAACAGGAAACAAAAUGUAUAGAUAAUUGUGCUGAAGGAAUGUUUUUAUAUGGUACAAUGUGUUUUCCGUGCCCUGUUGGGUUUUACAAAAGUAGUACAAGUGAAGAUUACACUAUUUCGUCGGAACUAAGAUGGAAUUGCACUCAAUGUGAGGAAGGGAAAACUACUUACAGUACAGGAAGCAGAGAAUGUUUAGACCACUGCACAAAUGGUCAUUAUUUGAAGAAUGGUACUUGCACACCUUGUGAGGUUGGUUUUUAUAAAAAUACUUCAAGUGAGGAUGAAUCACUUCCGGAAUCAUUGAGAUGGGCCUGUACCCAGUGCCCUGCUGGACAGACAACCAAUUCCACUGGAGCGGAGAACUGCAUCAAAACCUGUCCAAUCGGUAAAGAAUAUAAUGAUACAACCAUGGAUUGCGAUCCAUGUAGGUUGGGUACUUACAAAAACGUUAGCGGAAGUCACAUCAGUUGCUAUCAUUGUCCUGAAAACUACACAACCAGGCAUAUUGGGGCUGUUAAUUUUCAAGAUUGUAAACAUGCGUAUUGUAAGUGUCCAUGUGAUAGAGUAAAUGAAGUGAAAAAUUACACAAGUAGCGAACUGGCACAAAUCAUCGAUGAAAUGAAGGAAGAGUUAACGGUAAACAGAGCCCACCUUUCAGCCAGCAUCCGAAAGAAGAUCAGUGUGAUGGACCGCCGUCCCUCUGUCCAGUAUAUAGGCUCCUUUGGCGUUCUUCUCAUCACUGGUAUCAUGGUUCUCUUAAUCGGAUUUGAUUUCAUUACUCUUAGAGAACAUUUGAAGAUGUUUUUCAAAAAUUUAAAAAGUGUUUUUUGAAAUUGAUGUGUUAAUUAUUCCGAAUUUUGUAAACUUACAUAGCUUACACGCUAAAAUUUACUUAGAUGUAGAAGCUGUCAUGGUACUCUUAAUGGGAUUUGACUUUAUUACUCUAAAAGAAAAUUUGAAGAUUUUUUUUCCGAAAUUUAAAAUGUAUAGUUUGAAAUUGAUGUGUUACUUAUUCCUAAUUUUGUAGUUUUACAUUGCUUACUUGUUAAGUUUUAAUUAGAUGUGGUAGGUGUCAUGGUACUCUUAAUCGGAUUAGUCUUUAUUACUUUAAAAGGACAAUUAUAUUAAUGCAAUAAGCAUUUUGAUAGCUCAGUAUCCAUUAAAUUGCUUUUUUUUCUUUCCAUAAUCCUCUUAUCACUAGAACACCUUAUCUUAUCCUCCUUCAAUGAAUAAAAAGUCUGUAAAACAG